AGUACAUAUACCUAUUAGUUUGCUGGAUUGAAUGGAUUGAAUGAUUUGAAUCAAGGUUUGUAAAUGUUGAGGCUCAAAUAGUUAGAUCCACCCAAUCUUUCGAACCCACCCCACCAACCCACCACUUGCCCUGCAGACAUUCACGGCCAUUUCGUCAACUAUUUUUUUUUUUUUAAAUCUGUUAAGGUUGUUUGCACCUGAUUUACCUGCCUAGUAGUACCUAAGUCCAUUCCCCCUAACAACUGCAAGAGCCAUCCCAUCACGGGCCUCAUUUACCCUCCCGUCCCCAUUCUUCUUCCGUUCCACACUCCGACACGUCACCUCUUAUUUGGCCGCCGAAGGGACAACAAGCUAUUCAGCCUAUCACGACUGCCUCCCGCAGCCAUGAUGGACGAGUUCGGUUCAGAGUCCGAUAGCGACUACACUAGCUAUUGGCGAGACUGGUUUAUCUCCUCGCGCGGAAACGAAUACUUCUGCGAGAUCGACGAGGACUACCUCACCGAUCGAUUCAACCUGACUGGGCUUAACACAGAAGUCCAGUACUACCAAUAUGCCCUCGACCUCAUUACCGACGUAUUUGACCUCGAUUGCGAUGACGAAAUGAGAGAGACCAUCGAGAAGUCGGCUCGCCAUCUCUACGGCUUAAUACACGCGCGCUACAUUGUUACCACACGCGGCUUAGCUAAGAUGCUCGACAAAUACAAGAAGGCCGACUUUGGAAAAUGCCCACGUGUCUUCUGCCAUUCACACCCCUUACUGCCGAUGGGCCAGACUGAUAUCCCACACCAAAAGCCCGUUAAGCUCUACUGCGUUCGAUGCGAAGACGUCUAUAACCCCAAGUCCUCGCGGCAUGCUGCCAUCGAUGGCGCGUACUUUGGUACCUCCUUUCACAACAUCAUGUUCCAGGUCUACCCAGCACUGGUACCUCCGAAGAACGCAGACCGAUACAUCCCUCGAGUCUACGGGUUUAAAGUGCACUCUUCCGCCGCACUAAUCCGUUGGCAAAAUAGUCAACGCGCAGACAUGGUACGGCGCUUGCGAAAGUUGGAGAUAGACAGUGGAUUCAAGGACGAUGGUGGCGAUGAUGAUUUGGAAGAGGACGAGGAAGAAGAAGAAGAUAUCGAGCUUGAGGGGGAUGCCAUGCACGUUGUUGGCUAAUGCUAUUCCAAACACGACCAAGGCGUCAGAAUCACAAUACAUAUCGCACGGUUGAUACCUG